GCUUGACAAAUACGCUCCGCUUAAUAUGGACUUUAAAAAAUAUAUCGCUUCUUCACUGAUAUCGAAACAGUAUUCUUAAUCCCACUGAUGGCAAAAUGUUUAAAAUCAAUAUUUGAUUUAUGGCUGUAGGAGGAGGUGGUGGAGGUUGAUGGUGAGUGUAGCAGUGGUGGCGUCUACAGUGUUACACCCUCCACUAUGUUACCCACUCAGUCAACACCACCUGCAGCACCACCCACUGAGUGACCACCACCUGCAUCAUGGCCCACUGAGUGGCCAACAUCAUGGCCAGCAGGGUGUCCAUCCAGCCGCCACAAAAAAAUUGAGCCAGGCCAGUCUGAUGCUAUCUCCUUGGGCGGAGUUCGCCCUGUCUUGGUGCUUCACUGCGACGAUUACACAUUCUCACAUGUUGGCGUGGAUGAAUUCUAUGGCACUAGGUCGUGCAGCAUACCAACCUACUAAUGUGGAACACUGGGCCAACAUGGUGACACAUGGGCUGUUUGUACUACCUGCCAUUUACGGUGCAGUGGUGAUGGUCAUGGCUAGUCGCUCAGACAUGCAUCAGUUGGCUGCGACUAUUUAUGGUGCAGGGCUCGCAGGGCUCUUCAGUGUCUCAACCUUCUUCCAUAUAGUCUUCUAUCUUGGAUAUUACAAAAAACUUAAGGAAGUUCUUCAUCGCAGUGACAGAGCAAUGAUCUAUGUGUUCAUUGCAACAUCGUAUACCCCAUGGCUCCUGCUUCGCCCUCUACCUCAAGACUCGUGGACUUUUCAUCUCAGGUGGGGUAUAUGGGUUCUAGCUGUGGUGGGCAUCUUAUAUCAACAAUUGUUCCAUGAGAGGUUUAAGAUGUUGGAAACUGCGUUUUACCUCAUUAUUGGCAUCCUUCCUUCAUUAGCUGUUAUGGAUAUGGAGGAUCAUUCUGGACUAGACGAGCUAAAGUUGGGUGGUGCCAUAUAUGUGCUUGGUGUUAUCUUCUUCAAAUUGGAUGGACGAAUUCCUCUUGCACAUGCUAUCUGGCACCUCUUUGUGGUUUUGGCAGCGUUCAUCCACUACUACGCUGUUCUCACAUACCUCAUCCUCCCACCAGAAGUUGGUACAUCCACUCUUGACGUACACUCCAUCGAUGAGUGUGAUGUAUCGGUGCCAGAGUGUUCCUUAGUGUAGGCUUUGUGAUAGGAGGAGAAAGUUAUGUGAAUUAAAUGAUAUUUAAUGGCCAGGAUAUAAGUAUUGAUUCUCAGGUGAUGAUUAUACAAAGUUUUCUAAAUAUGAAUACACUAUAUUAACUAUGCUCAUGUGUGAAAAUGUGAGAACAUUAAGUUGAUUAACAUUUUUCAGGCCUGGAAAAUUAAGAGGGAUGUUAAUUGAAGGUUGUAUUGUACCUUUCAAGAGAAAGCUAGGCAAGUUUUUAGAAAGUGCCUGAUCAGCCAGAUUCUAAUGGUUAUGUGAACCUAUGAGGCCAUGGGCACCAAUAGGCUGGCUGAUCAAGCAAUCAUCAAGAAAACCUGGCCAGGCUGCAGGAGUACAAGAAACUCAAAAUCAGUCGCAGGUUUGCUAGAGCUCUCUUAUUUGCCAUAUUUAUAGAAAAUAAAAGUUCAAUUCCAUUUACCUGAAGCAAAUAAAGUUGAAUGCAAUAAUGAAUAGUGAUAAUGAUCUCACUUAUAGAGAAAGAUAACACAGUUACACAUAAACUGCUCAUGUUCAUUGCAUUAUUUUUCUUCCAUUAUCAUAUUUAUGGGACAGAGCAGAAUUAGAUAUUAGUAAUGGGUAUUUUUUCAUUUUUCUAAGAGACAUAAAUUGAAAAGAUGUGUACUGGGGAAAUAUUUAUUAAAAUGAUGGUUUUGCUUAGUGGGGGCAUUGAAUUAUAGUUUAUCCUAACUUAAUCAAACUCACUGAGUGAAGUAUUGUGUUUAAUAGAGGCUUGAUUUACUAAGUUACUGCCUGUCUUUCAUACACAUAAAUAGGACAGUUAACAUUUUGAUACCAGAAUACACUUAGCACUUUAAUAAAGGUUUCAGCUGCAUUAAACCAAAUUAGUCAUAAAUGAAGAUACUCUUUGAUGAAUGUUCAUUUCUGAGAAUAUCACUUAAAAGAGAAUUUUCAAUCAAAAGAAUUAGACAUAAAUUUACAGUAUUGAGUCAAGAUAGUCAUACUUAACAUUCAGUCAAGAUUGUCAUACUUGAAUAACAUUCAGUCAAGAAAAUCACAUUUAAACAACAUUCAGCCAAGAAAGUCACACUUGAAUAGUGUACAGCCAAGAUAGUCACAUAGAAUACUCAAGCAGGAUAGUCAUAUUUAAUGAAUAUUUGACCAAUAUAGGCAAAGUUGAAGAGUAGAACUGUUUGCUACUGUGUUGUGAUCAUUGGUAUGGGGGUGCUCACUGCUAGCUAUAUCUGCAGUUAGUAAUCUCAUUGUGAUAGAUUUGGAUAAUCUUAGCUAGAUAGUAUUUUAUCCUGUGCAUACAAAAUGUGUAGUAAAAUUCCUAGUCUUGGCAGGGUAAUAAUUUCACUAAAGAAAUUUGCAGGGUAAAAAUUCAGUGGAAAUUAAACAUGGGGAUGUAUUGAGCUUAAUGAGUGAUUUCAAAUUUCAUAAAUAUCGAAUUCAUAUGCUCAAACACACAAAUUCACUAUAUACACAAAAUAUAAAGCGAGUAAUAGACAAACUUACUCAACAUUGGAAAAUCAAAUUAAACAUGAGAAAUAGAGUAGACAGAUUAAUUAUCAAAUCAGUUGAAGAACUGUGCAAGAUUGGAGGUGUAAAAAAAAUUAUUCUUGCAGUGGAUGAAAGAUUUUGGCUUGCAAGAAAAAGAGGACUGAUAAGUCAAAUGUCUUGGUGGAAUAAUGUCACAAGUGGAAUCCCACAGGGAUUAGUUCUUGCUCCAGUGAUGUUUUAAGCUAUAUAAAUAACCUACAAAAAAGGGAAUAUAUUACUACCUUAUUUUAAUAUGCUUGCAUUGUGCAAAAUGUUUAUGUUAAGUUGGCAGUCAAAAUGAUUAUAAAAGUUUACAAGAGGAUCUAGGUAAACGGAAUAUGUAAAUAAGUUUGAUCUUGAAUAUGUAAAUGUGUAAAUAAGUUUAAUCUUGAUAAAUGAUGCAGAAUGGAAAUAAAUGAAAGUGCAAAUAUGCCCUAUAUAAAUUAGGUAAUGUUAUAUGAGCAUCAGAUUAAGAAAAUUGCUCUAGGAUGAUUAUUAAUAAGUUAUCACCAGAAAAAUAAUAUAAAUGUUGUUAGAAGCUUUCUUGCAAUAUUUGCAAAUGUUAAAGUAAAUGUCAGAUGUAGGGAAGGCACUGCUGAAAAGUUGUUUAUGUCUGACAUUCAGCAGGACAUGGUGGUUGUAUAUCUGCAUCUUAACCCUUUCACUGUCGAGACCCCUGCUUACAAACUUGCUCUUAGUGUCGAAGAAUUUAAAAAAAAAAAUGUAUUUCUUAUCAAAUGAUAGAGAAUCUUUUCUUGAUGGUAAUGACACCAAAAGUAUGAAAUUUGAUGGAAAACUUACAGAAUUACACUCUUGUGAAGUUGGUGGUCUCAGCAAUAUUUGCUCAUCAGCGAUUUCUCCCACUUUGAGCCCUAUUUUUGGCCAAUUCCAUUGUUCCAGUUGACCAAACUCAUAGCUAUUUUGCUAGAAGUCCUUUUAUUCUAUCAGCUGAGUACAAGAAACUGCCCAUUUACCAAUUUCAACUACCCAAUAAAAUGAUCAUGAAUUGGUAAUUUGGCCAAUUUCAUACACAAUUCAUGUAAGGCCAAUUUCAAAAUAGGGUUCAGAAUUAACAAUGCAAACAUUCCUAGCACUAAAAUAAUAUUUUCUCUGUUCAUUAGUCACAUCUCCAGGCCCCUCUUAUAUUACACUUACUGUCCAUUUUGAAUUAAUAUUCACACAAAAAACAGAAGAUUUACUGUUAUGCAGACUACUGCAUUAUUGUAGAUAUGGUAUAAAUAAUAGCGCAUUUUUGAAAGCAUAUUAGACCCACCUCUUGACGUGUAUUGGAUGCGCGAUGUGAUUUGUUUAUUCUUGAACAUCGUCAAAAAUCAAACAUAUCUGCUAAUUUGAGCUCAAUUUCAAGGUACUUUUAUUCCAUAAACCAUUCAAAAUCAUCUCCGUUUCUGUAACAUAUCUUCCAUUCUAUCAAAUGAGACCAAGAAAACGAGAAUACAACCACAAAUACCAUACGUAAAAACAUCACAAAGUCACUGUUUUAAACCAAAAACAUAGUCAGUUUUUUUUCUCAUGCACUGCGUGCGGCAGGAUUUUUAUUUAUGCUGCAGACAAAGAUCAAUCAGACCCAUUCUCUCAUACAUAGACCUACCAGCUUUCACAAGAUUGGAAGCUGCUAGAAUUUUGGCAUAGUAUUACGGGACCAACACUGGCUUUCGAGCCAUAAUAUUGUGGAACUGACAGUAAAAGGGUUAAGAAACAUAUACAGUAGUCAAAAUAAAGUUCAGAGGGAUUCAACAAUAUAAAUUCCAAAAUUGAGAUAUUUAAAUUUUGAAGAAAGAUUAAAGGUCCUGGAAAUACUGUCAUUGGAAGAUAGGAUAAGAGGAAUAUAAUAACUACAUGUAGUAAAUUUAUAAAAUGCUAUGAAAAGUAGUCAAGGAGAAUUCCUUUAUGCCAGCAAUGGGGAAAACAAGAUACGGUAGCUUUAACCCUUUCACUGCUAAUACCAUAAUAAUACGGCUUUGGAGCCAGUGUCGGUCCCAUGAUACUACACCAGAAUUCUAGCAGUUUCAAAUCUGGUGGGAGAAAGCUAGUAGGCCUACAUGUGAGAGAAUGGAUUUGUGUGCUUAGUGUGUGAAGUAUAAAAAAAUUAUGAAGUCCUCAGUGCAUUAUGGGAGUGCCAGGAGUUUGUGACCGAAAGCAAUGCCUAUUAUACCAAAAAUAGCGCUGAAAAGCCAGACAACCAUCAACCUUCCACCUCUGGUGCUGGGCCAUCUCAUUCAUGUUCAGUUGUAACACAGUGAAAGAGGAAAUUCAUAUUUUCCCAUGUCCAGGACUCAGAUGUUAGCAGUGAUCAUGAUAGUGAUAAUGAUUGUGAUUUCCAAGCUCUUGAUUACAAUUCCAGUAGUGACAAUGAAGAGGAAUAUUCUCCAGUGAAGCUUCAUUUUUAUACGAGACUGCAUUCAUUCUGCUAGUGUGCCAUAAGCUAUUCCAAGGGGAAGGAGUACAUCUCAGAGUACAUCCCGUGGCCCUACACCAGGAACAGAUAGUGGAAUGGGAAGACAGCGUGGGUGGUGGGAAAGGCAGCGUGAGUGGUGGGAAAGGCAGUGUGGGUGGUUAGGAAGACAGUGAGGGUGGUGG